UUGUGGUUAAUAUAAACAAUUGCCCAAGCUUGAGUAGAAUUAUCCGCCUAAAUUGAUUAGAAUGCCAAUUGUGGUGGUCACCGGGCUGCCAGCGAGUGGCAAAUCGACGCGAGCUCUAGAGCUGCGCGAUUACUUUCUCACCAGAGAGAAAAACGUGCAUCUGAUUAGUGAGAACGAGGCUGUGCCGAAGGCAUUGUUUGAGAAGAAUGCGUACUUCAGCGAUUCGCAAAAGGAGAAGAUUGUGCGAAGUGAUCUGAAGUCGGAGGCAUCGCGACAACUAAACAAGGAGGAUGUGGUUAUCUUAGAUGCAGGCAAUUACAUAAAAGGUUAUCGCUAUGAAUUGUUUUGCUUGACGAAGGCGGCACGCACCACACAAUGUACACUCUUCUGCUGCCUGCCCAUGGAACAGGCGUGGACAUUCAACACAAAACGGCAGGAUCCCGAUGUUGUGAGUGAGAGUGCGACAGAGGAUACAUUGAAUCUGCCCAACAACUCAAAUGUGCCGUACACCCGUGAGGUUUUUGACGCGCUCUGCAUGCGCUACGAAGAACCGUCUAGCAACAAUCGCUGGGAUAGCCCGCUGGUUGUCCUAAUGCCAGAGGACAGCCUCGACAAGGAGGCCAUUUACAAUGCGUUGUAUGAGACGAAGCCAUUGCCACCCAACCAGAGCACUCAGAAUCCCCCGCUGGGUGCCACCAACUACCUCUUUGAGCUGGACACCAUAAUGCAGGAGAUCAUUAAGGAAAUCCUUGGUGCUGUAAAGAUCGGCGCCUUUGGCCAGUUACGCAUCAAAGGCAGCACAAAUACAGUCAAAGUCACGACGACGAUGAAUGCGCUUCAGCUGAAUCGUUUGCGUCAAAAAUUCAUAACCAGCACCUGCAGAGCCAGCCAGACGACACCCACAAAAUUGGAGCAUGUGCCGCAAUUAUUUGUACAAUUCAUUAAUGCCAACACUACGGGUUGUUAAAUUUAUGCGACUGGGAAGAGCUUGCUAUGGUUAAUUUAAUAAUUUUUUUCGUUAGAAUAUUACAUUAAAUGUGUAAAUAUUUGUACUUUAUAGAAUUUUUAAAGAACAUGUGCUCAGCAAUUUACAUUUUCAAAUUUGUUAUUAUGCAUUAAAUUUAUUAAAACCA